AUGAAGGUUUUUGUAUGUAUUUUAGCCAUUUUGGCUGCCACCUGUUCGGCCGGAUUUAUUGGCGGCGGUAACAUUGGAAGUGGUGGCGGUGGUGGUGGUAGGGAAGUGAAAACUGUCAAAGUAAUUCAUCAAGAUGUUGGUCAUGUUGGUGGAGGCGGCGGUCAUAUUGGAAUCAAUCACGUUGGUGGUGGUCAUAUCGGAGGUGGUCACCAAACACAACAAGUGAAAACAGUUAAAGUAAUUCACCAAGAUGUUGGUCACAUCGGAGGUGGUCAUAUCAGUGGUGGACAUAUUGAAGGUGGUCAUAUCGGAGGUGGUCACAUCGGAGGUGCACAUCAUGACGUCAAAACUAUUAAAGUAAUUCAUAAAGAUGUUGGCCACAUUGGCGGUGGUCAUGCUAUUGCAAGUCCAAUUGGUGGCGGUCACAUAAGUGCAGGCCAUCAAGAAGUAAAAACUAUAAAGGUAAUACAUAAGGAAGCUGGUCAUGGCGGUGGUUUUGUAAAUGCCGCUAAUGUUGGAUUUUCCGAAAGUCAUGGUAGUCAUGGUGGUAAUGGUGGACAUGGUGGUCAUAAAGAAGUUAAAACAAUCAAAGUAAUACACCAAGACGGUGGACAUAAUAGCGGUGGAUAUACUGGUUUUGUUGGUGGCCAUAGCAAUCAUGGUGCCCAUCAUGAAGUUAAAACUUUAAAAGUUAUUCACGAAGAAGGUGGUCAUAUUGGCGGUGGUGGACAUGGCAGUCAAGUCGGUCACAACCAUUUUGGUAAUCAUGGUGGUCAUGGUGGGCAUGGUGGUCAUGGUGGACAUCAUGAAGUCAAAACUGUUAAAGUUAUUCAUGAAGAAGUUGGUAAUGUCGGAGUUGGUCACACGGAAGGAGCUCAUUUCUCUGCAGGCCAUGGCGAUUUCGCUGCAGGCAUAAAUCAUGGUAAUCAAGAUAUUAAAACUAUAAAAGUAAUUCAUCAGGAAGGUGGACAUGGAGGAGUUUCUGGUGGUGAAAUUGUUGGUGGUGGACAUGGUGGUCUUGUUGGCCAAGAAAUUGAAACUGUUGCUGUUUUACAUCAAGAAAAUGGUGGACAUAUUGGAGCUGGACACAUUAGUGGUGGAUUCGAACAUGGUGGACACCAAGAUAUAAACACGAUUAAAGUUAUUCAUGAAGAACACGGUCUUGGUGGCGGUUUCGCUGGAGGUCACAGCUUUGGUGGACAUGGACAUGGUGGUUUUAUCGGUGGAGGCAACGGACAUGAUGAAGUGAAAACUAUAAAAGUAAUACAUCAUGAAAGCCAUAACACUGGUGUAAGUGGCAGUAUACCACAUUCCGGCUACUUGCCACCAGCACCUGUAUCAGGCGGUUGGUAA